UAAUUGCAUUGCUUUCCUUUUCAUGACAAGACACAUUUGAAGCCAUUAUUUGAAUUCUGGAGUUCAGCCAGCCGUUAGAAAUAACCUGAAUAGAGCCAAGGGACAAUAACUUUAUGAUUCAAAAAUUUGUCAGCUGAAAUAAUGUGGAAAUGAUAUAAUCGUCCUGAAGUUUAAUAUGGCAUGUAAGAAAUCAUCUCCAUUAGCUGAGGAGCAAUCUUCCACCGAAAUAGAUGAUCUUCAUAUUUCACUGCAAGUGGAGCAGGAAUGCAUCCAGAAGAAAACCUUCACUAGUUGGAUAAAUUUACAGUUGGCAAAGCAUACUCCUCCUUCCGUUAUCUCAGAUCUAUAUACAGACAUCAAAGAAGGUCGUGUGCUCUUGGACCUGCUGGAAGUACUUUCAGGUCAACAACUGCCACGGGAGAAAGGAUGUAACACCUUCCAGUGCAGAAGCAAUGUAGAAAAUGCCUUGAAAUUUUUAAAGAACAAAUCCAUCAAGCUCAUAAAUAUUCAUGUUGCUGACAUUAUUGAAGGAAAACCUUCCAUUGUGCUUGGCCUAAUUUGGACAAUUAUAUUACAUUUUCAUAUUGAAGAACUUGCGUGGACCCUUAGUAGUAGUUAUAAUCAGCCAUCUCUUGAUUGUUCGAGCGUUGUCGACUCAUCUGUAAGCCCACAGGCAAGAAAAAGAGGUAAAGUUAAGAAACGGUGGAAGAUGUCUGCAAAAAAGGCCCUCCUGUUGUGGGUGAAGGAGCAAUGUUCAGUGCAUGGAUCUAUCAAAGUGGCAGAUUUCAAAUCAAGCUGGAGGAAUGGACUGGCUUUUUUAGCUAUCAUCCAUGCCUUAAGACCAGAUUUAGUUGACAUGGACAGAGCAAAGAGUAGAGCCAACAAAGAAAAUUUGAAGGAGGCUUUUAAAAUUGCAGAACAUGAAUUAAAUAUUCCAAGACUUCUUGAACCUGAAGAUGUCGAUGUUAUCAGUCCAGAUGAAAAAUCUAUCAUGACUUAUGUGGCUCAGUUUCUGCAGUAUUCCAGAAGUUUACCAGUGGCUGAAGAAGACAUGCAGGGGAAAGUAAAAGCGGCCUUGAGCUGGCUGACUGCACAAGAGAAGAAGUUAACAAAGUUGUUGGUUGAUACAGAAAAUGAAACAUGCUAUAGAAAAUUUCAAGAAAUGCUGUCAUUCAUGGAAUUGUUUAAUGAAGAGAAAAGACCCUUUCUGCCAGUGUUGUCUUCAAAAAGAAGUGUGACUGAGCUAAAUGAAGAGCAGAAACAGAUGAGAGCAGCAUGGGAUAACCUAAUCUCCCAGAUUAAUGAAUGGAAAACAAAGCUGGACCGUGCACUACCCCCACCUCUAGACAGCAUCGAGGUCUGGCUCCAAGAGGUAGAACAUCUGCUGGCAGAAGGUUUACCUGAUUUGCAGGACCACUGUAAAGCAAUGGCCCUCUUCAAAGAAAAAAUUAUCUUAUUUAAGGGCUUGAUGGAUUAUUUUGACUGUCACUUGGUCAGCCUUCAAUCCUUUGAGAAUAAAGAUGAGAAGGAUAUGCCACUGGUACCAACUGAGAAGCUAGAUGACAUGAAAAGAAGAUUCAGCAAUAUCCAGUCUACAAACUUCAGCAUACUUCUAGAAUACCACUGCUGCCUGUGCUCAGCUAUCUCGGAUGAACUGACAUUAAAGUUAAAUAUCAGGGAUAUCAAAUAUGGGACUAAGGAAUCUGUGGAGUUAUUGCUGAGAGAUUGGCAUGAUUUUAUUGAAGAAAGAGGAGUCACAGCUCAACUAGAAACUGCUUUUCAAAUAUGUGAAGACAUGAAAAACAAAAACAUAAGCACAAAUGUCUUAGUUGGUGAUCCUCCAGACACUUGUAAACUAUUUAAGAUGGUAGACUCUAAGAUUUCAAUGUGCAGAGAAUAUAUUUACAAUGUAAACACUGUCCUACAAAAAGUUCUAUGUUCUUGGGCUACUUAUAUGGAGAACAUUCAUUUACUGAAGACAUGGUUGGACGAAACACGAAAAGGACAUCCUAAAAAGGUCCCCACUGAGAUUCUGGCAGACUGGAACUCAGUGCAUGGUUCCUUAAAUGAAGCUGGAAACUUCUUAAUUGAAGUCAGCAAUGAGCAAGUGGGAUCAGCUAUUUCUAAAGAACUGAAAAAACUGAACACAAGAUGGGCUAAAUUUAUAAAGAGAACACAGUUUGAGAUGAGAUUACUGAGAAUGCAAGAAGAGCAAAAGAAGUCAGUUGUUGACAGUAAUGGAAAUUCUCAGACUCCUGCUGAGGCAGUGCCAAAUGCACCCAGUGUUACAGCAGAUAUAUCAACGGAGGCUAGUAAGAAACACAUUCAGAAUGCAGAGGUUAGAGAAAAGAAUGCAGAUGUAACUGAACAGGCCACUGAGCUUCUGCCCAGAGUGGAGAAAAUUGAAGAGCUUCUCAAAGGAGUAGAAAACUGGGCCACAGAAACUGAAUGCCUUCUUGAGACGAUCAAAAACGAAGAAUGCGUUGGAAGCUCAACAGAACAAUCUUUACAGAUCCUAAUUGCCAGAAGGACCUUGUGCCAAGAACAAGUUGCUGCAGCAGAAGAAAUCUUGCAAGUUUUGACACGUAAUAUUUCAGGCCAGGUGUCCCUCACGGAUUUUGAGACAGCUGGGCUACAGACACGAAUUAAAGAAGUCAGAGAGAGACUCCAGGCUGCCAUGAAUAACCUAGACCUUGUCUCACCCAAAUCUGAAGAGACUCUGUCAAAAAAGGAGGUCAUGAUCAAUUUUGAAAAAUCCCAGAAGGAGCUUGAAACAUCUAUUUUAAAAGCUGUGCAGCUCAUUAGCCAAAAAGUGAGCCCUGAUGAGCACAUUUCAAAAAAUGAGGAAGCUUUUAGCAUUUUGAACACAAGAAUUCUUGAAAAUUUUUUGAAAGCAGCUGAACAAUUGAAAAAUAUUUCACCAGCUCAUGAAAAGUUAGCAGUGGAGGAAAGAUGCAAAGAUGUUCGUGAAAGAUGGGAGGCAGUUCAUCGUGAAAUCAUAUCAUGUAUUCAGUUCAUAAUGGAAAUUGAAAUAGGGAAAUUUAAUGCAACUUUUUCAAAACUCAAUAAGCAAAUAAAUAAAGAGAAGAAACUCCUUAGCAUGGGUAAAACCAAGGGACUUAUAAAAGAACACGAGACUGUUCCAUCAUUGCAGGAAGCAGGCUUUCAAAGAGACACCUCCUUGCCAGCUUUUUUUUCUCCUGAAGGCAGCCUGAGGGAACUAAACAAUUGCCUACAAGUUCUUAAAGGAAUGUGUGAAAGAUUGACUGCAGAAGAAACUCACCCAGAAACUAAGACACUAGUUGCAGAGUGUGAACAAAAGCAAGAAGAACUUCAAAAAUGUGCUGCAGAUGUUUACGUAACUCUGCUGUCCCACGUUGGAGGUGGCCAGGCAUCUAAACAAGGGGGCUCUAUACUUGCUCCUGAGAAUGGAGAAAAGGAAACAUCUUCCCAAUCAGUUGAUAUACUUUCAACUCAGGAGGCAUCAGGACCAGCUUCAGGUGUAAUUUUGGAAUCAGACGUGAAACAACAGAAUGGUGAAAGCUGUACAAAGAAGUUUGAGAAAGACAGUGAUUUGCCCUUAGAGACUUUAUUAGAGAGCUUUGAAACACAGAGGAGUAAUCUCGAACUUCAUUUACAAAGAAUCAAAGAUGAAGUAGAGUCUCCUUUUACUGAUGAAAUAAAAGACACCUCAUGCCUUCAGAAUAAGCUGCUAGAUCUACAGGGCAUAGAGAGUAAAGCUAAUUCUUGUUGGACACAGUUUGAAAUUAUUGCAUCUAAACUAGAAAAUCUUAUGGAUGACACAGGGAAGCCUGUUAUCUCUGAAACACAAAACAGACUUAACAGAGAGUGGAGUGAACUUCAGAUUAUUCUAAAUGCCAGAAUGAAGUCUUUAAAGAUUGCUUUGGAAAUUGUUUCGCCAAUAGAAAAUGAAUUCAUUCUUCUAUGUGACUCAAACGAGCAACUCCACAGAAAGGACAUUCAGCAAUUUACUCUGACAAAUAUUGAUCUCAUUUAUGGAGAACUGAAGAAGGUCCAGAGCUGUAUAGUAAAUCAGAUUGAAUUAUGCAAACAACUGGAAAACCUAGACAGCUCAACAGGAGAUGAAUUUAACCUAAUAGAUUUGCAAGCAGCACGUGAGAUUAUGCUUAAAUAUAAAAGGCAGUUUGAAGAAAUGAAUCAUAAAAUGCAGGCCAGUGAAAUGGUCCUCAAAGAACUAGAAGCUUUUCUGGCCUCAUUGAGAAGAGUUAAACUUUCUAUUGAGCAUGCAACGGACUCUUCAAUUUCUGACAAACCUGCGGUGCAAGGAAACACAUCAAAAGAAGCUGUGCAGCAAGAAGUUUCUCUGAUGAAAGAAAAGGCUAAAUGUUUGGAUGAGCGCUUGCAGAUGGUUGAUAUCUACUUGGAAGAUGCUGAAUGCGGGGGAAAGACUUGCUGUGAAAAACUCAUUGCGGCUUUAUCUGAAAAGGCAAACAAGACUUUUGCCCAUUUGAGUAAGCAGGAACUCAUCCAAGAAAAUGAGUUACAGGAGAUUUUUUCCACAAGAAAUAACGAACUCUUAAAAAAUGUUCAAGAUCUACACGAUAAGAUUAAUAAAAUAGGCUUGAAGGACCCAACAAUUCCUGCUGUUCAACAAAGGAUAAAAUCAUUAACUGAAUUGGAACAGGAAUUGGGUUGCUAUGCUAUUGAAAUGAAAUCCAUACGAGAAAUUGCUAACAAGUUUCUACAGAUUGAAGAGACAAAAGGAGAAGAAGCAGAUGAACAGUGCACAAUUACAGAAAGGUUGUGGGAGGAUACAAAACUGUCACUUGCUGAAUGCCAGGAGCAGUGUGUGAGGGUGGUGGAGCUCCUGAAGCAGUAUCAAAGCUGCAAAAAUAGUUUGACGAGCAUGAUCCAGAAACAAGAAAGUGUCCUCUCACAGCAGACUUCUUACAUGGGGAAAGACAAUCUGCAGAGGAUGAUAGCAAAGAUUGAAGCGGUUAAAGAAGAAUUUAACGAUCGCUCUGAAGAUGUAGACAAAAUAAAUCAGAUCUGCAAAAACCUCCACUUCCAAAUCAAUAAAAUGAGAAGUUUCGAGGAGCCUCCCUUUCAGAAUGAGGCUGACAUUAUUGUGGACAGAUGGCUGGAUAUCAAUGAAAAAACUGAAAACUAUUGUGAAAAUUUGGGAAGAGCUCUGGCUUUGUGGGACAAACUUAUUAAUUUAUUCAGCAAGACUGACACAUGGGCAAAUACACAACUUAGGAGCAUAGAAGAACAUCAGCUGACUGAAGAGGAGGUGACACAAUUGAAGUCUUCUUUACAGGUCCAAGAGCAAAGCUUAGAGGAAUUUGACCGAAAAGCGGCUGAGAUAGAGCAUCUUCUUCAUAACAGUGAGCCUCCAUUGGAGUUGCAGGUCAUCAAGUCAUCUGUUGAGAACAAAAUGGAGCUAAUAAGAAAGCACUUACCGAAUAAGAUGAGACCCAGUGAACUCAAUGGCAAUUCAGCAGAGCUAAAAGGGGACCUUGACCUUGCCAAGACACAGAUUGGGAUGACAGAAUCACUUUUAAAAGCUUUAUUUCCCUCUGACACUUUAGAGAUCUUUACGAAAUUAGAGGAGCUACAUCAGAAAAUUCUCCAACAAAAACACCAUGUGAAAUUACUACAAAAAAAGACAGGUUGUCUGACUCCAGAAGUGGCUGAAUUAAAGAAGCAGCUUCAGUGUAUCACUGAUUUAUUUAAUACAAAGAAACACAUUUUCCAGGAUCAUUUUAUCAGUCUUUUGAACUAUCAGUGUAAGGAUUUUAAUGACUGGUUCAGCAGCGCUCAGCUGUCUUUAAAGGAUUGUUUUGACCCAUCAGAAACAAAACAGACAUUGGAAGAAAAAUUGCAGAAGCUCAUGAGUUUCCUAACUUUUGAAGGCAAAGAGAGUGACAUCCAAGAGGUAAAAUCUCUCUUGAGUAAGGUGAAGAGUUAUUUGCCUGAAGCAAGUGUUAACCAGCUUAGUAGCUGGGUGAGAGAUCAAGAAGCAGAAUUACAAAGCAUAACCUCCAAAUGUCAAAAACAAGAAAAGAAACUUCAUGCUUCUCUGCAGCAACUCAUUAGACUUCAAGAAGACAGCAGUGGCUUGAAGGAAUGGCUCACCAUUCAGGAAGAAAAAUUGCCAGAGACCAAAAAUGAGAAUAUAAAAUUAGAAAACUUUUACCAAAUGCUAAUAAAGCAGAGAGAAUCAUUUGACUCCUUGUCUCAGCUGGCAAAUUCUUUGAGGGAAUCUGGGUUUACAAGAGAUGAAACAGUGUCCGAAUCCAGUCAUCUCAUUAGUCGGUAUCAGGAACUACAGACACACAUAAGUGAAGCACUAGGAAUUAGUCAGACACGGUCCAUGGAAGAGCAGAAUUUUGAAGCGCUUGCACAGAACAUGUCUUCUUGGAUAAAAAGACUUAAAGAAUCAGUUAUUGGCUUGAGUUCACGGCAAGACGAGUUGCCACUGGAAGAAAGGAUACAUCAAAUAAAGGAAAUAGUUUUUCUCAAAGAUAAGGGAGAUGCUAAAAUGCAAAACAUUAUAGCGCUGGGCAAAAUCUUAACAAGUACUGAAGGAGUGAAGGACCCUGCCAUUCAGCAGACGAUUUCUGAUCUCCAGAAUCAAUGGGAGUGCACUGUUCAUUUAGCCACCGAAUAUCUAAGCCACCAAGAACAGAUUCAACUUCAAAGCAAACGAUACGUGCAAAGCAAAGAAGAUUUGAGAUUAGUGCUGACUGAACUGAAGAAGCAGCAGCAGGAAUUAGGUUUUGAUGUUCAGGCUGGUUUGCAGGAGAAACAAACUCAGUUAACAAGUUAUAUAAAACUCCUGCAGAAAGCAGAAGGUUUAAUGUUCCUAUUAAAUGAAUUAAAAAGCCAAGGAGAUUACCUACGGGAUUGCAUUGAGGAUUCCUGCUUCAUGGAAGAAUCACGGAUAGAGCUAAAAUAUCUGCAUGAAAGUCUGCUCAGCCAGUUGCAGGGUUCAAAUGUGGAAAUGGUUUUCCAGAAACAGAUUCUUCCUGAAGCCCAAGCAAAUGCUGAAUAUAUUGGUGAGGAACAAAAGGUCGCUGAGCUGAAAAAUCAAACUGCAGAAUUGGAUGUUGUGUUAGUAAAUGAGCAACUAAAAGAGAUAGAGAAUUUAUAUACUGAACUGGAAAAACAGAGAGCCACAGCUUUGUCUCUGAGGCAAGAGUUGUCACCCAACACAACAGAAAUAAGCACAUCAAACCUGCAAAAUACAGAAUAUAUGGUUUUUUGCUGGGACAGGUUGCUUCAAGAAUUGGAAGCCAUUAAGAAGGUUACGCAACACCAUUAUCAUCUAGUUAAUGAUUACCAGGAAAAGCUGUCUGCUGUUCAGUCUUCAAUGAAAAGUUUAUCAACAGAAAAAGAAAACAUAAAAACGGGCCCUAUGAGCAACACAGUUCUGGAGAAAAUUAAAAAAUGUAUGGAUUCAGUACAGAAGGAGAGAGACAUUUUAAACAAGCUGAAAACUGAACAAGAUAAUUUAUCUAGGUAUCUGACAUGCAUAGAUAAGGAAUUAACAGAAAGCCAAGUGAAACAACUUGAGCGAUGGUGGGAACACAUAGAGCAAUCAGUGCAAAAGAAACAUUAUCAACUUGUGUCAGAAAUUGAUGAAUUUAACCUUCUCAUGAACAAAGCACAGAACAUUCAAAAGUUGAUAGAGCACCAGCAGCAUUUACAAGCUGGGUUGGGUUCCCCAGAUGGACAAAAAACCGGUUGUCCAGUAUUUUGGACCUCAGAGCUACAAGCCAUUAAACACAGUGUUUCUUUGUUAAAAAGAAGAACUGAGCUGCAGAUGAAAAGGAUUUGGAGUGAGGAAGAAAAGAAAACUUUGGAAAAUGCAAUAAAUGAUUUGCAGAAUCAGCUGGAAGUAUUGGAGCACCAAACUCCUCAGGAGGAUGUUCAGAUCCUUAGUUCUGAUCCCAAGAAAUAUGAAAUCACGAGAAGGAUGAAAGAGAAUAUAUCAUGGGUCAAAGAUUCAUUGUUUUCUCUUGAUCAGAAGGCAGCACUUUUCCCAGAUGAUAUUAAAAUACAGAUCAGAAAUUGCAAGGCUGUGAACAGUGCAGCUGUAGACAAAGAGUCUACUAUUGUGUCCCUGACUGAUGAGAUCCAGUGUAUCAUUCGUGAUUUGAAUCCAGAGGAAGUUACUGACCUAAGCGCCCUUUUACAAGAAUUACAGAAUUCAUGCCAAGCACUUGUUUUAAAAUCAGCUCAAAGAUUACAACAGCUAGAAUUCCAACUGGAAAAAAGGCAGAGGCUUAUUGCAGACAUAGAAAGGGUUCACAGACAGCUUCAAAGUGCUGAGACACUGACCAUUCCCGACAUAAAUCAAACAAUCACAUGCUCUGAGCUAGGCAAUUUGCAUGUCAUUUUAAAGGAGCUUUCAAAGGAAAUACAGGAGAUGGAAGGUCUCAUCUCAUCACAUCUCCAAGAGAGUGAGCACUCACAUGGGGAGCUAAACAUAUUCGAACAAUUAUUUCUAACUGACCAAUUAAGAUGCCUUAAGAAUAGAGCUAGGAAAAUACAGAAAUUAAUCCAGAAUAAAUGCCAAACCAUGGAAAAAAAGUUAGCUGUCUACACAGAUUUCUCUGAAAGAAUAACUUCAUUGCAUCAGGAGCUUAAUGAUCUAUGGUGUGAUGUAUUGAAACUGGAGAGAGAGGAAAUAUUAAGUGUAAAAGCGGAAGUUAAGGAUAAACUCAAUGUGCUUAAAGAGAGAACCUUAGCUGUUCAAUCUAGUUUGUUACAAAUAACAAAGUACAAGGAAAUAUUUGACUUUAUAAGGCUAAAUUGGGACACUUCACACCAUGAUGAAUUGCAAACUCUAUUUCUUGAAAUUAAAAAUAAACUUGAAGGGAAGAUUAAAUGCUUUGACAACUUUGUUAUAGAAUAUGACAGGCAUCAAGCAUUGCUAAAUGAAAUCCAGGCCAUGACAUCCAGUAUAAAGAAUGAAGCUGACAUACUAACAAAUAGCCCUGGCUCGUCCACAGAAACCAAUAUUAUAUCAGCACAAAUUUUGUGCCACAGAGUUCAACAAAUCAGGUACUUAAUCCAGGAGGCAGUAAAUCAAUUAAAUAUAAAUGAAGUCUUUGAUGUAUCACUCAAAGAGGCUAAAACACAGCAAAUAAAGAGACUGGAGGAAGAUAUUGAUGGGUUGCAUCAAUUUUUCCAAAACAUGAUAGUGGAUCUUCAGGCAGAGUGUGUAAAUAAACAAGAUUUCCAGAGCAAAUUGGAACACACAUUACAUACCAUAAAGCAGAUUAAAUCUGAGUUUCAGCAGCCUCUUCUGGUAGACUUGGAAAUGAAAAAAAUUCAGUAUGAAAAGAUGCAUUGUGAAGGAAUGCAGGACAGGGUGCAAGCAGAAUUUUGUGCCUUGAAAGAUCUAAUGGGUAAAGAGAAAGAAAAGCAAGAAGAAACAUCUUAUUUUAUUGCUGGUACAGAAGUGAAAUUAGAUGAACUGGAAGAUCUUGAAAUACAGCUGAGGACAGAUAUUGCUUCCCGUGUAAAUGCCAUAGAUGAAGCUCAUGAGAAUGUUAAGCUUUAUACCAAAGCCGUCCAAAGGGCUGUGGAUCUCCUCGCUGAAUACGAAGCCAGAAUUCUCUCAGCAAAAGUUGACCUUGGUAGCCUAGAAGAGUCCUGCCAAAUUCUACACUGGAAACAAGAAGAAUUUGAGUCUGCAAAGGCCGACAUAGAGGAUCUGACCUCCAAAGUGGAAAACAUAAUUAAACCAAGAGCCAAACCACAACUGAAAAAUACUUUAAGUGAGCUAGUCACUAAGAAUUCAAUACUGAGGGAGAAGGCGCAAAGAAAGAGAACUGAUCUGCAGAGGUGCUUUGAAAAAUACAAAAGCUACACAAAAAUCAAAGAGAAGGUAUGUGCUAAUCUUAAUGAACUGGAAAAGAUUCUUGGACAAUCUUUGUCCCAAAUUCCAACGUCUUACAAGGAAGCUCUGGAGCACUUGGAACAAAGCAAGGUUUUGGUCUCUAACCUUCUUUCGGCUGAAGAGGAUCUAAUGACGUUGAGACGGGACUCGAGAGACCUGAGCAUGAUGUGCAAAGGAAGUGACUGCAUGCUUGUCAGGAUUGUGUCAGCACUGUGGGGAAAGUGGCUUGGUUUGCUCGAGGCUGCAAAAGAAUGGGAGAUUAACUGCGAGGAGCUAAAACAGGAAUGGAAAUUUGUCAAUGAAGAAGUGGAACGGCAAGCAAUAAUUCUAGAUAAUCUUCAGGAAGAACUACCAGAAAGUCCUAAAGAGAAAGAGAAGGCCUCCACAGAUGCACUUUUAGAAUUGCUAGAAUAUGUGGACUGUUACGAGGAAAACAUUGACAGAGAGCAACUGUUAUUGCUUUUACUACUUCAUCGUAUAAGAAGCAUCCUGAAUGUGCCUGAAAGCACUGAGAGAAAAGCAGACGUUCCCAUUCGAUACGAGAUACAUGCAAUGCAAGAUCGAUGUAAAAAGCUAUCACAAAAGGCUCAAAAACAUAAAAAAUCUGUGCAGGUUGAGAUUCAGGAAAGAGACAAGAUUAAUGAAGAAAUAAAUGCCGUGAGGAGUUCAUUACAAAAGGCCUCAUUUUUGUUGCGUGAUGGAGAGUCACAAGAGUCUACUGAAAAGGCAGCACAGUUGGAGGAGAUUCAGAGUAUAAUUAACCGAGCGAAUCAAACUAUUAAGGAUAUUAUGGAGAAACUACAAAUCAAGUAUUCAGAAAUGUAUACAAUAGUUCCUGCAGAUAUUGAAACACAGUUGGAAGACUGCAAGAAAACAUUACAAGACAUAGAAGAGAAGGUUAGCACCAAAAUCUUGCAGAGCUCUCCUCAUUAUGUGAUGAAUAAAAAAGUAGAGAAUAUUAACAAUGGCCUGCAAGCUGUUGAAAAGAUGUUACAACACAAGAGUGAAAACAUUGCAAAUGCCAAGGAAAUUCAAAAGACAAUCUGGGAUGUGCUAGACCUUUGGCAUUACAAACUGAAUGAACUGGACUCAGAAGUGCAGGAUAUAGCAGAACAGGAUCCAUGUCACGCACAGGAAUGGAUGGACAGCUUAAUGAUUCCUUUGCAGCAGUACCAGCAGGUCUCACAACGUGCUGAGCGCAGAACCACACUCUUAAACAAGGCCACUAGUAAGAUGGAGGAAUAUGAGGAACUCUUGAAGAGCAUGCAGUUAUGGAUAGAAACCACCAAUCGUUUGUUAACUGUGAAGGCUGAAAAUGACUCUGCAAAAGCCCUGAGUAAACAUGCCAGUGCCCUUCAAAUGGCAUUGGAAGAUUCAGAACAAAAGCAAAAUCUUCUACAUACCAUCUAUUCACAACUGGAUGAGUUAUCAAUAAUCUUUGAAACAGAAAAUAUAGUGCAACAGAUAAAUGAAGUAAAUGGUCAAGUAACAUCUUUACAGCAAAAGAUAGUGGAAAUUCUUCCACGGAUCCAGCACAUGGCUCAUGAGGUGGAUGCCAUUGAAUCUGAAGUGAAAGUGAUAGGAAAGAAUGUUGCCAAAAUUAAGACGAUCUUGUCAACAGAAGAUAUAUUAGAUUUUUCUCCUAUGGAGCAUCUUAGACAUGGACAGGUUAUUCUUGGCCACAUCAGUCCCUUGCAGAAGACCCUUGCUGAGAUACAGGGCUACGAAGAAGGUCUUAGGUUACGAGGAAUGAGAAUGCAACCUCUCUCAGUCUUCAAAAGAACAGCCCAACUUCUGAAAGAACUGAAAAUGUUAGAAAAAAUGACCAAGGAACAAAAUGAGCUACUGGAGUCAAUCAUACAAGAGACAGAUGAAUGCGAACAAGAAAUUGAAAAGUUGAAGCAGUUCUUAAAGAACCAGCUGGGUGAACUGUCGUAUGAAAAAACAUUGUUUCCUCAGACUGCUUCCUGUCCAGAGGGGGAAAUGGAAGACAUAAAAGAGCAGAUCAUCAAAUUGUGCCAGAAAAAAGAAGACAUCCUUAGGGGUAUGAAGAGGUCAAUGCUGGAACUUCACCAGCACUUACAGCAAGAACAACCUGAAUCAGAGGAUGAACUUUCUGUGCCUCUGUCACCCGAGGAAACUGGCUCGGUUGGGAAAGAUGCCUCAGAACGGCAGUUGAAAAAGAAAGGAUCAUUGUCUCUCCUACCAUCUUUAGUUGAAGAAACAGAAGACAGUUCAUUCCACAGUGAAGAAAAUGCAGUAGCACCAACAGCUGAAAGUUUUUGGCCUUCAGGAAAGGGAGAUAAGAGAGAGAAAGAAGACAGCGGUGCUUCCUGGUCCUCAGGCACCCUAUCAGAUGGCAUUUCCCUGGAUGCUGAUGUGUUAAUAGAAUCAUGUGAUAAACAUGGCAAGGAAACAUCUUUUCAAGUUCCACAGAAAGCUGGAAGUGAUGAAGACUCUGCUACAGACCUUAGUAAUUGGGCAGUGGGUGACACGCCUUCUUCUGACACAAAUACUGGCCAUUGCUUUCAGAACAAACCAGGAGAUUCAAAGGAAACAGUGGAUAUCAAUAGGCCCGAGCCUGAAAAGAUCCUCCAUGUCUGCCAGGUACAGGUUGCUGAGUUGGAGCUGUGGCUAGACAAAGCUAAAGUGUCUCUGGAAUCAGAAACCCAGACCCCAGAAAUGCAGCAGAUGGUGGAACAGCAGCUUGCUGAUUGCCAGGUUAUGUUAUCAGAGAUUGAACAAAAGGUCGCUUCUUUAUUGGAGGAUUGCAGAGAUAGGCAGCAAGGAGAUCAUGCAGGGCCUCAGAAGGAAGCAGAGGCCCUUUCCUUGAAGCUCAAGGAUGUGAAGUGCAAUUUGGAAAAAGUCCAGGUGAUGCUUCAGGACAAAUACAAUGAAGAACAGCUCAACAACAGUGAAAGGAUCCCUUCAGAACGUCUUCAGCUUGGCAGCUCCAAAGUAUGCAGCCUCCUUACCACUGAUGUGCCACCGUUCAGCAGGCAUAACGGUUUGCAGCAGCCUCGGGACCUGCCAUUAAAACCGACUGAGCAAAAUAAUCUUGUCGACUUAAUCGAAUUUUAUGUAGAAAAAAUGCAGCCAUGCUUUGAUGACAGCACUACUCAGAAAUUAGAGUCAAGCAGUGACCUAUCUGUCCCAAGGAGUGAGUUUGCUGGUCCAUUUUUAAAGGACCAAACUGGUGAUAAGUGGCAAUAUUUACAACAAGAGCUGUCUUCUAUGAUGAAAUCUCCUCUGUGUCAGCUUGCUGACCCUCAGAUUACUACAGAACUGAAUAUUCUGCCGAGAGGUGCUGUAUGUGGUAUUGGAAUCCCAACUGUCAAGGAACUGAAAACUUACACCAUGCAGCUUGGAGAUCUAAGCCAAGAAGCAAAUGUUGUACAGACACAGGAAAAUGGGGCCGGGGAAGCUUCCUUAAAUUUGGACAAAAAGCUCUCUGAGCUGCUUUUGGCAAUCAUUCGGUGUUUGAGCAACAUGGAAGAGAUGUUAAACACCUGCGUGCUCUCCAAUGACGAGGCUGCUGUGCAGCAGGGACUGUAUGAGACUCUGUCUCUAGAGCUGCAAAAACUUCACACAGAUAUCAGAGAUAAAAAGGAUGAUCUUUUAAAGUCUAUUACCUGUGCCGAUGGGAGCACUGAUGUAUUCUUCGAGUGCUUUAACAACUUGCAAGCCCGGCUGGAACGAACUCAAACUGCUGCUGCUUCUAGAAGCAAAUCAAUGAAAGCUGGGCUGGAUCAGAAUAGUAAUUAUCAGAAUGAAAUCAGGCUGUUGUAUGAUCACUUAAUUGAGAAAAAAUCUACUCUGCAACAAACCUUGAAUGGAAUACGUGGGCGUAAUGUUGCUGAACAGCUUCAGAAAACUGAUAUAUGUGCGUUGGAGCUACACAACUAUGAGGCCCAAAUAGCAAAACUGAGAGAUCAUGGGGAGAGAUGUCAGUUACCUGUUGCUCUGAUCCAUGAAGUUGAUAAAUUAGAGGAUGUUAUGAAUGUCACCUGGGGGGUUCUGAGAGCCAAGUAUGCAGAACUAAACUCUCCUUUCGUCAGCGAGAGCCAAUACGAAGGCUUGAUUCGUGGGCUGGCAGAAUUGGUAGACAUUGGACGAGAGAAGCUUGCUCAGGACCCAAAGCAGCUAGCGAAAAGUAGAGCUACCUUACAGUCUCACCUGCAAAAUCACAAGGGCUUUUUUCACAAGCUCAUCGCUCAUAUGCUUGUCGUGCAAUCGUAUUCCAAGAAGGUGGCUCCUGCUACAUUACAAAAGAAAGAGAAAUUCUGGACUGAGCUGGUGGAAGAUGUCAGAUUGCUGGAACAAAAGGCUUCCCAAUAUGGCGUACGCAUAGAGAGUUUAUUAAAGGAAUGGACAGAAUUUGAUGAGUACUCUGUACCUUUCAACAAAGAAUUAGAGGCACUUGCUUCUGCAGUGCCUUCUGUGAAUUUGGUAGAAGAGACAGAAGAAAGAUUAAUGGAGAGGAUUACACUUCUCCAGCAAACCAAAAGAAACAUUGAUGAAAAACAUGCCAGACUUUACCAGAUGGUGAAGGAAGGGAAGAAAUUGAUGACUGUUGUGAGCUGUCCUGAAUUAGUAAACCAAAUUGGGAAACUAGAAGAACUGUGGUUGUCCUUAACCAAAAAAGUUGGCCAUGAGCUGCACAGACUUCAAACAUUACUCAAACUCUUGGUCAGCUACAACAGAGACUCAGACAAGUUAAUCAAAUGGUUGGAGUCUGCUCAGCAGAGAAUGAAUUUUUGGAAGGAGCAGUCUCUCAAUGUGUCACAGGACCUACAUACUGUCAGAAACAAUAUAGACAACUUGUUUGCAUUUUCUAAGGAAGUAGAUGAAAAAUCAUCCUUAAAGUCAUCUGUCAUAAGCACUGGCAACCAGCUUCUUCAUGUGAAACAAAUGGAUGCUGCAGUGCUUAGAUCAUCUUUGGCACAGUUUGAGCAAAAAUGGGCAGAAUUGAUCACUCAGUUCCCAACCAUCCAAGAAAAACUUCACCAGCUUCAGAUGGAAAAGCUUCCGUCUCGUGAGGCCAUCACAGAAAUAAUGGCAUGGCUGAGCCAUGUGGAACAACAAAAAGAAGAUGAUGAGGCCACUGUAAAUUUGCAAAGUAACGCAUCCCAAGUCAAAAAUCUUCUUCAGAAAUAUAAGGAAUACAUGAUGGAGAUGAACUUUAAACAGUGGACGGUUGAUUUUGUUAACCAGUCGCUGUUGCAGAUCAGCACUUGCGAUGUAGAAAGCAAGCGCUAUGAAAGGACAGAAUUUGCAGAGCAUCUUGGUGAGAUGAACUUGCAGUGGCACAGGCUGCAGGAGUCUCUGAACAGAAAGAUACAAGAUUUGGAACAUAUUUUGGAAAUUGUCACUGAAAAUGAAAACAAAGUACAAACUCUGAGCAGCUGGCUGGAAGCACAAGGCGAGAGAUUGAAAUCUUUGGAAAAGCCAGCGAGUCUAAUCUCAGUACAGAACACGCUGGAAGACUGUAAGGAAUUAGAAAAUCAGCUUGCAAUUAAAUCCAAAGCUCUUGAUCAGCUAAAGGAGAAUUAUAUGGCUUUGGAAGAUGGUGCAAAACAAACCUCAGAAGAUAUGGCUGUCAGAAUGGAUAAGCUGCAUGAAAUGAGGAACAGUGUCAUCAGUCAGGUAGCACAGUUAAAAACCUCAAUGCAGUCAGUAUUACAGCAAUGGAUAAUUUAUGACGAAGCCUAUGAAGAAGUUAACCUGAUGAUAAUAAGCUCUCUGUAUUGCCUAGAACAAUGCAAACCUUCUGUAAUAUCACUGGAAGCUUUGAAAGGCCAGGUGAAGACUCUACAGUCUCUUCAAGACAAAGCAGAGAAGAGUGAAGAAAGCUGGGCCAAGCUCCAGGCUUCUGCUGCUAACCUCAAGAAAUACUGUUGUUCCUCAUUUGCAGAGAUUAUUGAUCAUAAAUGCAAGGAGGCACAUACAAGAUGGACUCUGGCAAAUGAAGAAGUCACUGAUGAGCUACAGACAGCACAAGCUUUGUUAUUGCUUUGGGAGUCAUUUGAUGGGUUAUACGCUGAGGCAGCAUUGAGGUUAGAACAACAUGAAGAUCAGUGUCAUCAGCUCUUGGGAACUCACUUACCUGAAGACAACAUGGUGGAAGCCCUGAAGCAGAAGAUACAGGAUGUGAAGAUACUGCAACAAGGCCUUCAAACCAUAAAGGGAAGCUUUCUCCAGGUUUCUGAGUUGACAGACCAGAUAGCACAACAGGUUAAUGCAGCUACACAAGCAUUUCUCUCAGAGAAGUUGCAUCCUCUCAAAAGGAUAGCUUAUUUGGAAAAGAUGUUGCAGAUGAAAUCGGAUGAAUUUGAGUUCAACCAUUUACAACUGAUGGAUUUCAAUAAUUGUCUGGACACAGUGGAAGAUCGAAUUAAGAAACCUAUAGAAGUUUUGGAUAAGUUGUAUCUACAGGGAAAAGAAGAUGACUCAGAAUUACUCAUGGGCCACAUGUUGGAGCUCACUGCAAUGUCUCCUGUCAUCGAGAAUCUGAAUGAAGUGAGCUUUAGGCUACCACUCAGUGAUUUCACUGGGAAGAAACUACAGAACCUGAAUCGACAGUGGGCUCAGAAGACAGCAACAGCCCUGGAGCAUUGCAGUGAAUUUGAGGGAAUUCAAUCGGAUGAAAAGAAAUUUCUUCAGAAAUGUGAAAACUGGAUACAAUUUCUAGAAAAGAUGAAAGAGGGUUUAAAAGUAAAUAUUGCUGGCAGAUUUGAAAAGCUUCAGGAACAACAGAGAAUAUAUGAGAUGCUGCAAGCGGAGAUUUCUGUAAAUCAGCAGAUUUUUAAUUCUAUCAUAUCAAAAGCAUUACUUUUGCUGGAAACAGGAGAAGCAGAAAAAAGAACUGAGUUUAUUUCCAAACUCACAUUGCUGAAGGAGCAGUGGCAGAGUGUUAUCCGGAUGGUUCAGCAGAGGAAGAAAGAUAUCGAUGGACUUGUGAAGCAGUGGCAGCACUUCAGGGUUUCUCAACAGAAUCUCACGAAUUUUCUUACUUGUACAAAUAACUUCAUAGCUGCUGUGAAGAGCCAGGACGGCUACAGCCUUUACCAUCUUAGGAAUCUAAUUCAUGAUUUCAAGAACAAGGAAAUACUUCUUCAGAGAUGGCAAACCACAUACUCCCUCACUGUCGAUACUGGGGAGAAGUUAUGUAAAGACUCAGACCCGGAGACCAAUGCUGUAAUACAAGAGGAACUCAGCCAGUUACAGGAGAAUUGGAAUGAUGCCCAGCUUCAAGUGGAGAAGAUCAUGAAACAGCUCCUCGGCACUGUGCAGACCUGGGACAGCUGUGAAAAGCUAAUCAAGGAAUUGGAAAGCAGGCUGCGAGAGCUUAAGGAAAAAGUAAAAGAUCCACUUCCAGAGGAACAUGAAGAGCUCUACAAAACCAAGGAACAUGUUAAGGAACUGGAGAAGUCACUUGCAGACUGGAAUCAAAACGUGAAAGAACUUGAUAAUAUGAAGGCAGACUUGGCUCAUUAUAUCCUUGCAGAAGAUGUGGUGCUGCUGAAGGAGCAAGUAGAGCAUUUGCACAGGAAAUGGGAAGAACUCUGCUUGCGAGUGUCUCUGCGUAAGCAGGAGAUAGAGGACAGACUCAAUACGUGGAUUGUGUUCGAUGAAAAGAAUAAGGAACUAUGUACAUGGUUGGUAGAGAUGGAAAGCAAAGUGUUACAGACUGCGGAUGUUAGCAUUGAAGAUGCGAUAGACAAAUUAAAAAAGGACUGUAUGGAAGAAAUAAACCUGUUUGGUGAAAAUAAACUUCAUUUGCAGCAAAUGGGUGAUCAGCUGAUCAAGACUAGCAACAAGAGCAGAGUCGCAGAAAUAGACGACAAACUCAAUAAAAUUAACAAUCGGUGGCAGCAUCUCUUUGAUGUCUUUGGAGGACGGCUGAAGAAAUUGGAAGGGACCUUUGCUGUCACACAGACAUUAGACAAAAAUAUGAGUACCCUUCGCACCUGGUUGGCUCGCAUUGAGGCCGAGCUUUCCAAGCCUGUUGUGUAUGACAUCUGUGAUGAUCAAGAGAUCCAGAAAAGACUUGCUGAGCAGCAGGAUCUGCAACGAGACAUUGAGCAGCACAGUGAAGGGGUAGAGUCUGUGUUUAAUAUCUGUGAAAAGUUGCUGAGCGAUUCAGAUGCUUGUGCUAAUGAGACGGAAUGUGACUCCAUCCAGCAGACUACCAGGAGUCUGGACAGACGAUGGAGAAACAUUUGUUCCAUGUCUAUGGAGAGGCGAAUGAAAAUUGAGGAAACUUGGCGUCUGUGGCAGAAGUUUUUGGAUGACUAUUCUCGCUUUGAAGACUGGUUGAAAUCGGCCGAAAGGACAGCAGCUUAUCCCAACUCUUCCGAAGUUUUAUACACAAAUGCCAAAGAGGAGCUGAAGAAGUUUGAGGCUUUUCAACGACAAAUUCAUGAGCGACUCACUCAGCUGGAGCUAAUCAAUAAACAAUAUAGGCGGCUUGCCCGGGAGAAUCGUACAGAUUCUGCCAGCAAGCUGAAACAGAUGGUACACGAAGGCAACCAGCGCUGGGACAAUCUCCAGAAACGGGUUGCUGCCAUUCUAAGAAGACUGAAGUACUUCACCAACCAGAGAGAUGAGUUUGAGGGAACAAGGGAAAGCAUUCUUGUGUGGCUCACAGAAAUGGACCUUCAGCUGACAAAUGUGGAACACUUCUCAGAGAGUAACUUUGAUGACAAAAUGCGGCAAUUAAACGGUUUCCAACAGGAAAUAACCCUAAACACCAAUAAGAUUGAUCAGCUAAUAGUUUUUGGAGAGCAGCUGAUUCAGAAGAGUGAGCCUUUGGAUGCUACCCUGAUUGAAGAUGAGUUGGAGGAACUGCAUAGAUACUGUCAGGAAGUGUUUGGGCGAGUCUCUCGAUUCCACCAAAGACUGACUUCCAGGCAUCCUGGGAUAGAAGAUGACAAAGAUACAUCUGAAAAUGAGACAGAUGCAGAAGACUCAAGAGAAAUGCAAAAUGAUCCCUGGCAUAAGAAGGCAGUAAAUGAGGUGCCUUCUUCUCAGCAGUCCCUUUGCCAUCUUGUGUCCCCUGCACCAGCUCAUGAAAGGUCAGGCUGUGAGACCCCUGUCAGUGUUGACUCCAUCCCACUUGAAUGGGAUCACACAGGUGAUGUAGGGGGCAAUUCCUCUCAUGAGGAUGAAGAAGAAGGAACAUACUACAGUGCUCUCUCAGAUGUAGAAAUCACUGAAAAUCCUGAGGCAUAUCUUAAAAUGACCACAAAAACUUUGAAAGCAUCUUCUGGAAAAUCCAUUUCAGAAGCUCUUACAUGGCAUUCCCCGGAUAGCCCAGCCUGCAGAAAACAUCAGUACCACCAGGCAAAGAUGGUGAGAAAUGUGCGGUCUGGCAGCCCAGAGACAAGUACCCCAUAUAAGCCAGGCUAUGUUAAACCGCUAGUGUCUGUAAGCAGUGGGAGCACGGACAGUGUGAAAGAAGUAUCCGCUGUAUUGAGUGAUGAAGAGCCCCAAAAUGAACAGGGGCUUGUGAGCAUUGCAGCUGCAGAGGAGCAAUCAGGUACAGGUGUUAUUGAGAGAUGGGAGCUCAUACAAGCUCAGGACCUAAGAAAUAAACUUAGAAUGAAACAGAAUUUGCAGCAAUGGCAACAACUGAACUCUGAUCUCAGUGAUAUUACUGCUUGGCUGGAUAAAACUGAAGAAGAGCUGGAAGAAUUACAGAAAGCAAAGCCUGCAACCACUAUGCAUACAAUGGAACAAAGAGUAAAGAAACUGAAAGAAAUGCUUAAAGCCUUCGAUAACUACAAGGCUUUAGUGUUCUCCGUUAAUCAGAGCAGCAAAGACUUCCAGCAAACAGAUAGCACUGAAUCCAAAGAGCUUCAAAACAGAGUUAGACAAGUGAAUUUGCGCUGGGAGAAAGUAUCUCAUUCAAUGGACAACUGGAGAAGGGGUUUACAACAAACCCUAAUGCAGUGCCAGGAUUUCCAUGAACUGAGUCAGAAACUACUCUUGGGACUAGCAAGUGCUGAAAGUCGAAGGCAUAAUGCACAAUUCACUGAUCCAAAUGCUGACCCCCAUACAAUACUGGAGUGCCAAAAAGAAUUAAUGCAACUGGAGAAAGAGCUGUUGGAACAACAGCUUCAAGUAAACGCUCUACAGGAAAUCUCCACCUACCUUCUGGUAGAAUCAGAUGGAGAAGAUUAUAUUGAAGCUGAUGAGAAAAUACAUGUAAUUGGAAAGAAACUGAAACAGCUUCUUGAACAGGUUUCACAUGACUUAAAAACUUCACAAGGAAACGUGGACAUCAGUGCAUUUCUGACAGCAGCAGAUGACUUGGAUUCUGGAGGUUAUCAUCCAGUAGUAGUGAAAUCCAGCCUACAGGAAACGGUUGGUGUAAGGAGAACUUCAGAAGGCAAGAGCAACAGUGUCAGAAUGGAAAACCAGCCUGAAACCACUCAAGCAAUUUCCAGCCCCCAAUCCUUCUUUUAUCGUGUAUUAAGAGCAGCUUUACCCCUGCAGUUCCUCUUCCUUUUGCUUCUGCUUCUGGCCUGCAUGAUCCCAUCCUCAGAGGAAGACUACAGCUGCACACAAGUGAACAACUUUGCCCGCUCUUUCUAUCCCAUGCUGAGAUAUACCAAUGGACCUCCACCAACCUAGAAAGUGUCCCAUCACUCUACAAUAUACCAAAACAAGUUCUCAUGGGUGUUUAUUUUCAUGCUGCUUCUAUCAAACAGUUCAUCCAUGUACUUAAAUAUAGUACAUUUUGACCUUCACUGCUGUGCUUUCCUGACGCACCUGUUCCCUGGGUGCCACAGCAAGAGUUUGUGUACUACCACUGAAAUAUAAGUGAGGCAUUAUUUAAAUGGCCUCCCUCCAAUGCAUAGCAGGGAAGGGAACAUAUUAAACCUCACAAGAUCUUUUCAGAAUUUCAGGGUUUUUGUGAGUAAUACAGCAUUCAUUGUUUGUACAGAAAAUGAGCUUUUUCUAUAGUUUUUUUUUUAAAUUCUAUAAGCAACAUACUUUGAUGCACUAGAUACAAGCAUUUUAUAAAUACAGUCCUCAUAACUUGGAAGGUCCACAGAACACAAGCUGACAGACUAAUAAUGGGACAUUAGUUACAGACACUAUGGUAAUGCAAUGUUAAACACUAAUGGUCUGUGUCGUGGUUUAAUAUGACAAUAGCAAUCUUAAGUGCAUGCACAUAUCAUUGGCAACAGUUUGUAUCUUUGGGUACUGUAGUAAACAGAUUUAAAUCUGAUAUUUUUGUUAUACUGUACUUUAUUCAUACAACACUUUCAGUGAAAACAAUACAUAUUUUAUGUGCAAAGAGUUAGGACCGCUGUGUUGUAGUGGGAUGUGUCUUUUUUAUACUAUGUUUUAAAUAAGAAUUGAUUAUAUUGCAUGGAAGUGGUUUAUAUUGUGCAUAUUUUCUAAAUGAAAAUAAUUAUGAUGUGGAUUAUACACUAUAUGUAAACUGACUUUUUAAUCAAAGAUUUUUGGUUUAAUAAUCUUCUCAAUAAUGUACAGUAUGCCAAGAGAUUUUUAUAAGUUAACUUUAAGAUUCUUCACAUUUAAAGUGAAGCUAAAACUUCAGGUGACGAUAUGAGAAAAAGUUUUAGUAGAAUAUGAUGUUUGGUGAAGGUCCAGUAAACAUUUUUCUCAUUAAAAUUCUGCUGAUGGUU